AUGUCUUCUGGGGAAGUUCAAAAGAGGAAAACUGCUCCACCAGCUCAUCCGUCGUACAAGGACAUGAUUAUCGCUGCCAUAACAGCUCUUAAAGAUCGCAAAGGGAUCAGCCGUCAAGCCAUCGUGAAAUACGUCCUGGCGAAUUACAAGGUCGGUGACAACGCUGGGAAAUUGAUCAACAACGGGUUGAAGAGAGGAAUCGCCAGUGGUACUUUCGAGCUUGUUAAAGACAACCGUGCACGCUUCAAGCUCAGCGAAGCUACGAAGACGGCGGAGAAGAAGCCAGCCGCGAAAAAACCUGUCGCGAAGAAAGUUGCAGCAAAGACCGCCAAGCCCAAGAAACCUACAGCUAAGACAACGAAAAAGACCACUAAACCAGCGAAGAAGCCCGCCAAAUCUCCAAAGAAAAAGACGACGAAAAGUCCUGCCAAAACCAAGACGAAGAAACCUACCGGCAAAGCCGCGACCAAGAAAGCCGGGGCAAAGAAGGCAACUCCAAAGAAAGGCGUGAAGAAACCAGCUGCCAAGAAGGCAACCAAAGCUAAGAAGUAA